UUCUUUGGGGUACUUUACCCGAAGCAAGAUUAUUGGACCAAUAAGUAACCCCGAGAGGCUACUCUUCCCAAAUUUUUGGGUCUCCGUCUGGGAAUUUGUUUCGUUCACUUUCGCUUUGCCAGCCCCACGGAGGAGCGAGCCCGCGACGCCUCCCGCGGAGAAAACACUAGAUGCCGGGCGCAUCCCGAAGGGAGCAGAUGCAGGAGGCACUCCAGGGCCUAAGGACUCACGGGGCGCGCUGCACAGCAGGGCACGGAGGACAGACGCUUGAGCUUUAGUGUGACCCCAGGCCAGUGCCUGCCCGUCCCAGUGUCACGCCAGGCCAGUGACUGCUCGUCCCGGCCUCGGUUUCCUUCUGCGGAGUCUGUGGCUCCAAGCAAGAUAAGGCGCAGUUCGGGCCCAGCGCCAGCGUGACCUCUAUCUGUGCCUUUACGUGUGUCCGGGCUGGCUCCCCGGACGUAGGCUGCACCUCCCUCCUUCCUCCCCCUCGUCUUCCCUCCGCGCCGCCCCACCUUCCAGACUGGGCGGCUCAGCAAGGCCAGAAAGGGUAAAGCAGUCACCAGCGUGAAUCCCUCCUCGAGAUCGGUCAUUUAUUGCUUCUGCCCGGCUCUGGCCGGCUUCCUUCCUUUCGCCUCGGCUAUCGAGUGCUCCCGUCUGAAUCUGGCCGGGAGCCGAGGGCCGCGCCAGUUCGGCCCAUCCUUUGCUUCUGCCUGGCUCGGCUCUCCGGCUGGGGCUGCGGGGAGAGCGCCGCGAUCCUCGGCUCGGCCAGCAGCCUACGCCCCCUUCGCCGCCGCGGGCGCUUCCGGUUCCGGUAGCCGCUGGCCGUGUGUAUCCGAGGCGCCUGCCAUGGCGGGGAGCCGGUUGCAGACGGUGGGGAGCGUUUUCUCGCGGACUCGGGACCUAAUUCGGGCUGGGGUGUUGAAGGAGAAGCCCCUCUGGUUUGACAUAUAUAACGCUUUUCCUCCACUGAGAGAGCCGGUCUUCCGAAGGCCCCGCCUGAGAUACGGCAAAGCCAAAGCUGCCAUCCAGGACAUCUUGUACCCCGAGGAUCGGAUUAGAGCGAAAUUUUAUUCGGCCUAUGGAUCUGGUCAGAAAGCUUUUGAUCUGUUCAAUCCAAACUUCAAGUCUACCUGUCAACAGUUUGUGGAGAAGUACAUUGAGCUACAGAAGCUUGGAGAAACAGACGAAGAGAAAUUAUUUGUGGAAACAGGAAAGGCUUUAUUGGCAGAAGGUGUCAUUUUAAGACGAGUAGGAGAAGCAAGGACUCAAAAGGCAGGUAGUCACGUUUCCUGGGAAUCUGAACCUCCGGAUGUGAAAUCCCAAACAGUGUUGGAAAACAACAAGCCUCUGCCGGAAGCUCUACAGGGCCAGCAUAUGGAGCCGUCGGAGGAACAGUCGAAAGGCUUUUACUUGUGCAUGUGGUAUGUUCCCUGGGCCAACUGUUUCUGUCUGCAGAUAAUCUUUACAUUUUGCUCUGGAACUAUCUUGAUCUUCAACUUGAGAGGCUAAGCUGACUUGUGCUUUGUAGUAAGAGUGAGAAUCUAUCACUGACGAUGGACAAAGGUCAGAACCAUAACUUUAAUUUCAUAGAUUGAGUGUGCUGGAGACAGUUAGCAUAGGCCUGAACAUAGUAGUCUGCUCAGUAAAGAUUUGAGUGAAUAAGUGAUUACAUCCAGCUAAAGACUGAACUCAGAGGACCUCUCUGUAGAUACCUGGAUUGCCAAGAGGGGGCCAGCUAAUUUAGAUGCUGUUGUCCACCAGUGUUCACCUGCCUCCCUGGUGGUGUGAUGUGCUUACACGACCUUAUCAACUGUUCUGCUUUCUUCAUUUUCAUAUCUUGUGCUGAACAUGUGAAAUAUUCCUUUCAGUUUGUAGCCCUUUUAUUUGUGAUCAGGCCAGUGGUUUUCAGCUACUAGUAAUAAGCUGCUUCAUAAAUUGUUUAUUUUAUGUUA